CCCCCUCUGUUUCCAUGACAACCAGGUGAUUAGCUCACCUGGCUGUAGGGCAGAAUCUGUUCCUUCACAGAAACAGAGAGGACACAAACAGUUUCAACAUGAAAACUGUUGCUGCUGUCAUCAUAGGACUCAUCUUUGCUUUCAGUGAUUUUAUUGAGACAACAGCCGGAAGUCAACUGCAAGGUUCUGCAGAGCCUGUUAUUCAGAUGGAGUGUCGGGAUCGUUACCUGUGGGUCCACGUCACUUCAACGAAAACACCUCGCUUCGAAGCUCUCGAUGGAAAUGGCGUCCACUCCAUCAGUGAGCAGGUGGCCUCGCUCUGCGGUUACACCAUCAGCAGUUUUAAGAUGGACGGUUCCACCACCUUCAGGGCCUCAUACUAUUCCUGCUUCACCCAAAACCAGAAUGACGAGGUGUUCACCUUCAGACUGAACGUGAUGGUGAAUGACGCUGGGGGCAGUAGGAUCAGUAGACCCGUUUCUGUGGUCUGUUCUGGUUUGAUCUGGACUCACAGAGAGGUCGCCUGUGAGGAGGACUACAUGGAGGUUAAUGUUAACAGAGACUCUUCAUGUGGAGGACUCAGGGGGGACAGUGGACCGGAGUGGCAGGCGGCUCUCGCUCAGGCUCAGAGGACUGCAAGUUCUGCCUGGCAGCUGAUGAUCCUGAAGAGUGACGGGCAGGUGUCUUCCAUGUCCAUCAGUGAGGCUCAGAGGCAGGGGUUCAGCCUGUCCACCUCUGCCCAGAGGAUAGUGCUUCGUUCUGGAUACAAGCAGCCACACGCCGAGCUGACCAUGGUGGACGGCAUCCCUGUGGAGGUUGUGCGGGCCUCCCUCUACAGUAAGCAGAAGCUGACGGUGCUGAUGAUUGAUGCGUCCAUGGCCUGCACAGUGAAUCCGGGUUCCUUCGAUGGCAGCCAACUGCUCUGGGAUGUCCCACUGCUCAUGUCCCCUCUUACAGGGGAGGGAGUUGGGUUUGAAAGUCGAAACCUCAGUGUGGGGAUUGAGGGAGUGCUGCUGGACAAACCCACUGCAACCACAAGGGGAUUCAGCAUGUUGCAACAAGGAAAUGUGGUCCAGAUCAGGGUGCCUUUUGGGACCAAGGGGGGCUACAGAAAGAGUUUGGUGGUGAACAACCUGUACAAGGAGACUUAUGUGAUCUACCUGCUCUACGAACACGUCUUCUCUCUGCUGUUUGAGGACGGCAGCAGCAUCGACACUAAACACAGGAUGCUCAGAGUGCUCGACACGCCGCUGCUCUGCCGACCGCCUUUCAGCCUGGAUCAGACCAUGAAUGACGACCAGGCGUUCAGGGUCUACCUGGGGAACAUUCCUGCUGAUGUUAUAUUAGAGGAAGUCCAGAUCAACGGACAGCAGCUAAUGUCUCAGAGUGCCAAACGAGGACUCAGCAUCAAUUCUGUUGUGAACACCAACGGCAGCCAAGGCUACGAGCUCCAGCUGCCCUUCGAAGACGCCGCUGUCCACUGGACGUACCUGGGUCAAGGUGAAGUGCAGUACUCCAUAGGUAUAAACUUCACUCUGACCAUCAUGCCUCAGAGACAAUCUUACUACCACCACACAUCCCUGACGGCACGAGUUUCCAAUACAUUCCCUCCAGAGAUCACAGCGCAGUGUUCAGAGAGAGGAAUCAGCUUCAGUGUGGUCAGACCACCGCAAACUGAGAGUUUCUGGGAGGUGGGCGUCAACCAGGAGCCUCUGACGUCAGAGCUGGCCGAUCAAAGAGGGUACCGCCUCAACAGUGACACCUCCAGGACCGCCCUGGAAGUCCCUGUGUUCUCAGUUGGAUACACUUAUGAGGACAUCAACCUGUCAAACUUUUACGGAACCUUUCAGCUUCUUCUCAGAGACUCCAAAACCCUGGAGGUCCAGACAUCCACCUCCAAACACUGCCUCUUCAAAACACAGGACAUGAUCGUCUGUUCUAGAGACGGGACCAUGACGGUGGUGACGACUCCGACCUCCACCUGGCCUACAGUGCUGCCUGAAAGAACCACUCUUCUAGACCCUACCUGUAGACCCAAACAGACGGAUGGAUCCAGAGUCCUGUUUGAGUUCAAGUUGAACUCCUGUGGAACCAGAGCCACGGUUGGGGAGUCAUACGUGGUUUAUGAAAAUGAAAUCCUCCAUGACAGACAGAUGAUCGCUGACGGACCAAACCUCAUCUUCAGAGAAUCUCAGUUUAAGUUGACCGUGAGAUGCUUCUAUCCCCUCAGUGCAGUCAACAGACUGUCCGUGGACAGGACAUUCAGAUCCCACACUCCUGGAUUUGGUUCAGUCAAAGUCUUCAAGAGUCUUAAAGAUCCAGAUGAUCAAAUCUCCUCACAGGACUGUUCGCAUCAAGGUUCUGGACCUGCUACCCACACACCUACAAACCAGGUCCACCAAACUCCUGAAGCUGAAAGUGUCCUGCCUCAGAGGACUGUGAUGCCUUUGCCCAAACCUGGACCCAGUAACUUCAUCACAGUACCUGCAGGACGCAACAAGCUGCUCUACUCCCUCCAGAACCUGAAACUCCUCCCUCCUCUUGAAGCACCUCUGCGGGUUCCUUCUGGAAAUGUUCUGGUCCAGACUAAAGAUCCUCCCAGGUAUGGAACGUCUCCAGCCAGCAGUGUCCAGCUGUCAAACCUUAAUACACAAAGUCUCAGCUUAGGAGAAGAGAGACAAGAAAACUCCAGACUAACUAAAGACCACCAGGGCUCAGGUUUGGAUCAGAAUGUGUGGCCCUCCAGCCUGGCAUGGUUCCGGCCUACUCAAAACCGCUUUGUACAGAACAGUCUAGGCCUGCAGAAUUUAAACUUUGCUCCUGGCAGGCAAGACCUGAACAAACCAAAUGUGGCCUAUCUGGAUGUGGAUCUUUACAGGCACACAACUGGUGGACAGGAAGUGGCAAAAACUGAAGAGGUGCCAGGUUACCAGCCCCAAAGACCGUACGAUCUUUCUCAAGCUACUCUGUUCCAUCCAGUCCUUGAGCCAGUUGCUCAGUACAGCCCAGAAAAUACCGGCAGCAAUGACCCCCCUCAGUCCAGCAGAAACAAGAAGUAUGUCCCUGCUGAUGCUAAAACCACUACAUCCAAAUGCACCAUCACUGACUCCAAAUCCAGAGAUAAAGAGAGGUCUGUACUGUCGUCUCAGUCAACCAGUCCGAUCAACCAAAGCCCAGGAAGACCAGGGUCCAUCGAUAGGAGGAACACUGAGACAGUUUGGUCAAGAGUGCAGAACAUCAGAGUCAAACCUCAGAGCAAAUUUGUCUCAUCUGGACUUUCUGUCAACCAGAAACCAGAGACCCAACAAGCAAACCCUCGAGUAUCUGAUAACUCCCAGUAUGCCACUGGUCUAAAUACUGACAGGAGUGAUGGGAACCACUGGACACAACGUCUUCCUGACCAGAGAGGUUCAAGCGUAAGAGAGGGACGUGUUCCCGAUAGAACACAGACACAGGAAGUGGUCCCAAACCGACCAAGACACCAGCAGGAAGUGGUCCAUCCAGUCCCAAAUCAAACAGGACACCAGCAGGAACUGGUCCAAAACCGACCAAGACACCAGCAGGAAGUGGUCCAUCCAGUCCCAAAUCGACCACUACACCAGCAGGAAGUGGUCCCAAACCAACCACAACACCAGCAGGAAGUGGUCCAUCCUGUCCCAAACCAACCACAACACCAGCAGGAAGUGGUCCAUCCUGUCCCAAACCAACCACGACACCAGCAGGAAGUGGUCCAUCCUGUCCCAAACCAACCACAACACCAGCAGGAAGUGGUCCAUCCUGUCCCAAACCAACCACGACACCAGCAGGAAGUGGUCCAUCCUGUCCCAAACCAACCACGACACCAGCAGGAAGUGGUCCAUCCUGUCCCAAACCAACCACGACACCAGCAAGAAGUGGUCCAUCCUGUCCCAAACCAACCACGACAUCGGCAGGAAGUGGUACUUCCAGUCCCAAACCAACCAGGAUCAAAGCGAACAAUCAUCCAACCUCCAGGAGCAUCUCACAUCAGAGUCAGACCUGUUUUUGGCCUUCAGGAAAGAUCCCUAACCUCCCUUGGGCCCAAACAGCAGAACCCCAGCCCCCAGACCGACACCAGAGGAGGAACCCACAGGAACCCAAUCCCUGCCUCAACACCUCAGGACACUCCAGCCAACAUCAGAGAUCAACCGCAUAAUCCCAACAGGCAGUCAGAGAGGAAUCCUGCGGCGGGUACAGCUGGGAUUACUGUUUCCUCCUCGGGUUAUAACGGUUCAGGUUCAGAACCGAAGAUCCAUACCGGGUCGGACUGCAGCCGGUUCAGUCAGUAUGGAACCAGUGUUCACCAAGGCAUCAUGAGAGGUAAACAGAUCGGCCGAUGAAGAACAGAAGCUCCCAGAAUCUAACUCGCUCUUCAGAGUCUGAUAGAAUAAAAGUCGUUUUCAUGAA